CCCAAACCGACUCCCUCACUACCAUCAUCACACGUUGUUCAGUUUCUUCCUGUUCGCUGACCUACAUUAACUAAAUAAAUCGAUUUUGUUUCUUCACCUCAUAUCCGUCGCCAAGGGUAACGCACAGGGCGUAAAAUAUGCACAGCGCGCUGGCAGCAUUCUUUCGUACCGAUGAUGGUAGUGUGGAACUAGAGAACCAUUUGUUUUCACACUGCAAAACAUUCAAAUUCAUCGUACCGAAUGGAUCGGAGCAGCUCCCAGCAGCGCAAAAAGCGCCGUGAAUCGAAGCGCAAGUCGGGCGAUAAAAAGAAACCCAAACCGAACCGUUCGGAGGAAAGUUUACAUCCCAGCUACACUAAUCUGCAGCCUCCAUACUCGGCCAUUUGUCGCCAACGGUAUCACGCAAACAAUGUGCUGUAUGAGCAACAGUUCAACUACGAGCUGAAAAUGCUGGAGCUGAUGCAAAAUUCGGCCUACGAUUCGAUGCGGUUCCAUCGCCAUUUUGCCAUCACGACGCUCUGGCCACCGUUGCACACGCGCAAGGAGAUUGAGUUUGUGUUGGAUAAAUUUUUCCGCCAUCCGGAGCGACAGACACGCCGUCUGCAGGAAAUUAUGAAAGGUCCUGUCCACUAAAGGCUGCAAGAGCCGUUGUUAGCCACGUUGUUGUUAGGACAGUGUAAUAGAGAGCGUUCAAUUUUUAGCUUUCAUGAGUAAACCAUAAUCCGCUAAAUGCUAAAA